AUGGAUUCAUUUUUCAAUUUCAUAGAAGCUGCGAUUGAACAAAUACAAGCAGUAACAACAAGUCCCGAUGAAGAAGAUCAAUAUGGAGAUGACGAAGAAGCAGUAACAACAAGUCCCGAUGAAGAAGAUCAAUAUGGAGAUGACGAAGAAGCAGUAACAACAAGUCCCGAUGAAGAAGAUCAAUAUGGAGAUGACGAAGAAGCAGUAACAACAAGUCCCGAUGAAGAAGAUCAAUAUGGAGAUGACGAAGAAGCAGUAACAACAAGUCCCGAUGAAGAAGAUCAAUAUGGAGAUGACGAAGAAGCAGUAACAACAAGUCCCGAUGAAGAAGAUCAAUAUGGAGAUGACGAAGAAGCAGUAACAACAAGUCCCGAUGAAGAAGAUCAAUAUGGAGAUGACGAAGAAGCAGUAACAACAAGUCCCGAUGAAGAAGAUCAAUAUGGAGAUGACGAAGAAGCAGUAACAACAAGUCCCGAUGAAGAAGAUCAAUAUGGAGAUGACGAAGAAGCAGUAACAACAAGUCCCGAUGAAGAAGAUCAAUAUGGAGAUGACGAAGAAGCAGUAACAACAAGUCCCGAUGAAGAAGAUCAAUAUGGAGAUGACGAAGAAGCAGUAACAACAAGUCCCGAUGAAGAAGAUCAAUAUGGAGAUGACGAAGUUGAAUUUCAUGAUGUGAAUGUGAUAACAUCAGAUGAGAGUAUUGAGCCUGAUUUAAGCCAGCCACAUUUGAACAAUUUGUUUACAUCAGAAAGCAAAUGCUGA